AUGGAGGAGGCAUACGAGAUAUCUAUUGCGGAAAACCUUCUAGACCAUGGGACAUACAGCAGGCGGCUACAAAUCUCCAGGUGUCUCUGGGUUCUCUUCCCUCUAGUCCUUGGUGCCCUGGGAGAAAGGAGACCGGAAUGCGGGGGAGUCUUGAGGGAAACUUCGGGUGAAAUCGAGUCGCCUGGCUACCCUCGGGAGUACCCCGUUGGGAUUGAAUGCAUCUGGAUCUUUGAGGUUGAUCAACCGAUAGCCCUAACUUUCGAAGAUUUCGCCCUCGACGGCAGCCGGGAUUGCCUGAAAGAACACGUUGAGAUUCUGGAAGGCGAAAAUCGAUGGACCUUCUGCGGGGAGAAUAAUCCGGGAACCAUAUUCAGCCAGAGCGAUCAAGUAACGAUCAUCUUCCGGAGCGAUGGAAACCGUGCAGUCAUCGGUAACCGUGCUGCGACCGGCGAACGCGGAUUCCGGAUGGCUUACAACAGCACCUGCGAUGAAGGGUGGACGUUCUUCCAGGGUCAUUGUUACUACUUCAAUGAUACCGGAUUAAGCGAUUUCGGACUGGAUGAAGCAGAGGAAGCUUGCCAGGAGAUGGGAGCCCACGUCGCCAGCGUCCAUUCGCCGGAGGAGGACGCAUUCAUCGCGUCUCACGGCACGAGGUCCUUCAACUACAUUGGGGCCAUCACGGGUUCCAGUUUCCCUUCUGACCGAUUCGACUUCGAAUUCCUGGAUGGCACUCCGACUGAUUAUCAGAAUUUCUAUGAACCCGGUUUCGAAAUGCUCUUCGGGCCCGGUUGGGUCGUAAACACCAUCGACCAGUGGAUGAACUUCCCCUGCAACGAAAUUCGCCCUUACGUCUGUGGUGAAGGUGCCUUUUCCUUUUACAUCUACGACUCGCCGAUGAAUUUCGAGGACGCCAAGGACGCCUGCAGGAGCGAUCAUGAAGAUCUCGUCAAAGUAUCGGAUCAAACGAAGAGGGAAUCCCUGUUGGUUUCAUUCCUGAACGAUAUAGAACCUCACAAUCCGGAAUUCUGGAUCGGUUUACAGUACGACCAGGCCUCUGGGGACUGGACCUGGGUCCAGGAUGGGUCUCUGGUCACCCUGGACAACUGGGCUCCCGGUUACCCGACUUCGGACGGGGGCGACUGUGCGGCUAUGGUCCCCUCCACCUGGGCAACCGUAGGUGUCUGGUCCAACGGCUGGACCUGCAAGAAACCCGCUGCAUCGCCGUGAUGUCCUUAUCUUUGCUCCUCUGCAUAAAUUCCAAUAAAUGACAUGAACGGAUGUUAUACUGUUUUUCGUGGUGGCUUUCUAAUUUUGGAGGUCAAUUACACGGUCGUGAGGUCGUGAGAGCAUGAACUGUAUACUCUUCCUUCGCGCUUAUGACGG